AAUUACGGUAAAAUUACGCGACGGAAAUACGUAGCUGAAUAAAGUGUUAAAGUUGUAGUUUUUUCCCCUCUUUUGCUUCGCUGACGAACCACGACCAGCUGUCAGAACUGAGCAGCUUCAGUAUGGGCCGUAGCUACAUUGUUGAAGAUGAUGUGGAGGAAUAUCUGUCCAAACUAUGUUCACAGCCAGCAGGUCCAGUCACAGGUCUUCUCAUUGGACAGAGCUCGGCCCAAAGGGAUUUUGUCGUUAUGGCAACAAGGACCCCCCAAAACGAUGAGUCUGCAGCCGCUGGGACGUCGGAGUACAAAGAGUGGGUGUCUGAGCAUGCACGGCAGGUUUCCAGGAUGCUGCCUGGAGGCCUGUCUGUGUUGGGAGUUUUUAUAGUCAGUGAGAGUGACGCCAAGGACACGCUAACCACACUCCGACAGUUGGUGUUUUCAGUGGAGAACCUGAUCUCCUCGGAGCAGCUCUGGACGCCUGCUGAAGACGACGUAACCGACUGCGUCACGCUGCACAUCAACCCCAAAACCAGAAAAACUGUCUGCAGAACCUUCGACGUCAAAGACCCCAAGAGUGUUGCCAAACCCGCAGACUGGAAGUACCAAUCAGGUGUGUGUUCCUCCUGGGCUACGGUGUCCUGUUGGCUGAGUAUAGACCUGUUGGUACCGCUCCCAGACAGCACAACCUGCACAAGCAAUAUGGAUGAUUGUCUUAAGGAGGAGCUAAAAGUCUGGGCGCAGCAGAUUGAGAGGGGAGUUUGUGUCAUCGAUGGAAAGAAGCUGCCCGAGGACUCUGAGAUCAAAACAGGACAGAAGAAGAAUGUGAGGCAGACCUACACGGCUCAGUUGCUUAUUGCGCCGGAAGUGCAGACGGUGACAGAUGUGGUCCAGCGGUGCGGAGGCUGUGUGUCGGUCAGAGGAGCGAUCCACAGCAGAGCUUUCUUGCACAGCAACAAACCAAAAGCUAAACUGGCUGAGAAGCUGCUGAAGAGGGACAUAAUUUCUACGGUGGCCACAAGAGUUCACAUGCUGCUGGAGGAGCCGUCUACACAAAAUGAGCAGAACAAGGGCAGAAAACAGACAGAGCAGUUCUGCCUCCCUCGUCGUGUCUUCUGCCCGGUAAAAGGCACUGGCUCACUGAGUGUGUGUGACUACCAGUUUAGUGACGAGGGAUUGUCAGAAAUGACAGACCGGUUUAAGGAGAUGCUGGACAUGGAGGCAGCUGAGGACGACUUGGAUGCCACACAGGAAAUGAUUGCUGAAGUCAUAGAGAGUGAGACUACAGCAGAAGCAUCAACGGAAAAGGUUGAGCCGCUGGAUCCCUGGAGGAACAACUACGUUGGUGUUGCCAUGGCUACUGCUGUCGCCCUGCUGGCCUCGGCUGCAUCCAUGCUGUAUCUCAGUGACGUCUGAAGCUUCGUCCUAACUCUAAAAUGAAGGAUAAUGUGUUGAACACUUCUGCAAAAUGUCUGAUUAAACAGAUAAGACGUUUGAAAAGAGGCUUCCAGAGAAGUUGUUGUUGACUUUACCCAUCAGUAACCAAGCACACCUUAAUAAAAAAAUGUUCUCUUGGAAAUACUUCAAAUGUUAAUGUUGUUAACAAGUUAUCAAAUAAACCUUAACAAUCUUGUUAACUGCU